CUUAGUGUCCGCUGCUCAUGAAUAUGCACGAGCCACCUCCCUGUGACGUCACGGGCCGUCCCAGGGUGAGCGCCCGAGCAGCUUCGGGUCCACAGCAGUGAGCGCUAUUGCCAGCAACCGGAGCGGUGUCCGCUGAAGCUGAGGUUGGUGGAGGAGCAGCAGCAGCAGCAGCAGCAGCAGAGGCAGCGGCAGCUUCUGCUUGUCCGGAGCGCAACCAGCUCAGUGAGGCCGGCCACCGGCUCUGCAGCGACCAGCUCCUUCUCCUGUGCCAAGAACCGGGCUUGCAAGGAGCCCUAGUGGGCUGCAGUCGGGUAGGCGCGCUCCGUCGCUCCAGCCUCAAGGAUGCUGCUGGGGAUGCUAUGGUGGGUGCCAGUCCUGCUCGCGUUGGGCGUGGGGAGCAGCAGCAGCAGCAGCAGCAGUGGCAGCAGCCGCCGUCGCCGCCUCCUCGCGGCUAAAGUCAACAAACACAAACCGUGGAUUGAAACCUCAUACCAUGGAGUCAUAACUGAGAACAAUGACACCGUCAUUUUGGAUCCACCUCUUGUUGCCCUGGAUAAGGAUGCCCCCGUUCCUUUUGCAGGUGAAAUUUGUGCUUUUAAAAUCCAUGGUCAAGAAAUGCCCUUUGAAGCCGUAGUGCUAAACAAGACAUCCGGAGAAGGUCGGCUCCGAGCAAAAAGCCCAAUUGACUGUGAACUCCAGAAGGAGUAUACAUUCAUCAUCCAGGCCUAUGACUGUGGGGCGGGACCUCACGAAACCAACUGGAAGAAAUCUCACAAGGCAGUGGUCCACAUCCAGGUGAAGGAUGUAAAUGAGUUUGCACCAACUUUUAAGGAGACCAUAUAUAAGGCUGUGGUGACUGAGGGGAAGAUCUAUGACAGCAUUUUGCAAGUGGAAGCCAUAGAUGAAGACUGUUCUCCCCAGUAUAGCCAGAUAUGCAAUUAUGAAAUCGUCACAAGUGAUGUGCCUUUUGCCAUCGAUAGAAAUGGUAAUAUCAGGAACACGGAGAAACUGAGCUAUGACAGGCAACACCAGUAUGAGAUCAUGGUCACUGCCUUUGAUUGUGGCCAAAAACAUGCAAUCGAAAACGCCUUAGUGCAAGUGGAUGUGAAACCUGUCUGUAAACCCGGAUGGCAAGACUGGGCCAAAAGAAUCGAGUACAAGCCUGGUUCAGGGAGUAUGCCCCUGUUUCCCAGCAUUCACCUGGAAACUUGUGAUGGGCCAGUUUCCUCGAUCCAGAUAACCACAGAACUACAAACUAAUUACAUUGGAAAGGGAUGUGAUCGAGAAACUUACUCAGAGAAAUCUCUUCAGAAGCUAUGUGGAGCUUCUUCAGGAGCCAUAGACCUCUUGCCUUCUCCCAGUGCAGCCACCAACUGGACAGUUGGACUUCUGGUGGACAAUAAUGACAUGAUCUUCAAAUUCGAUGGCAAGCAGGGUGCAAAGAUUCCAGAUGGGAUUGUCCCCAAGAAUUUAACAGACCAGUUCACAAUCACCAUGUGGAUGAAACAUGGCCCAAGCCCUGGAGUGAGAGCAGAAAAAGAAACCAUUCUCUGCAAUUCAGAUAAAACUGAAAUGAACCGACAUCACUACGCCCUCUAUGUGCAUAACUGCCGGCUUGUCUUCCUUUUGCGGAAGGAUUUUGACCAAGCAGACACUUUCAGACCAGCAGAGUUCCACUGGAAGCUGGAUCAGAUUUGUGACAAGGAGUGGCAUUACUACGUCGUCAAUGUGGAGUUUCCUGUGGUCACCUUAUACAUGGAUGGCACAACGUAUGAGCCUUACCUCGUGACAAACGACUGGCCCAUUCACCCAUCACACAUAGCCAUGCAACUCACUGUUGGUGCAUGCUGGCAAGGAGGCGAAGUUACCAAACCACGGUUUGCUCAGUAUUUCCAUGGCAGCCUGGCUGGUCUCACAAUCCGCCCAGGAAGAAUUGAGAGUCAGAAAGUGAUUUCCUGCUUGCAGGCCUGCAAGGAAGGUCUGGAUAUUAAUUCCCUGGAGAGCCUCGGCCAAGGAAUAAAGUAUCACUUCAACCCUUCCCAGUCAGUUCUUGUCAUGGAAGGAGAAGACAUCGGGAAUAUAAAUCAGGCUCUGCAGAAAGUGUCCUACAUCAACUCCAGGCAAUUCCCCACAGCAGGAGUCAGGAGGCUCAAAGUAUCAUCAAAAGUCCAAUGUUUUGGAGAAGAUGUCUGCAUUAGCGUUCCAGAUGUGGAUGCCUAUGUGAUGGUGCUGCAAGCCAUAGAGCCUAGGAUCACCAUUAGUGGAACAGACCACCUAGUGAGGCCAGCUGCCCAGUUUGAAAGUGCCAGAGGAGUGACUCUCUUUCCUGAUGUGAAGAUUGUGAGCACCCUUGCCAAAACAGAACCACCAGGAGAUUCAAAGGAAGAAGACCAAGCCCCAAAGCACAUGCUCUUAGAGGAGAUGCUGCACAACCUGGACUUCUGUGACAUUUUGGUGGUGGGAGAAGAACUGGAACCUGGACAGGAAUGCUUAGAACUAGACUAUGGCAAGCUGCGGGAAAGACAUUUGGAUGCCACAAACUCCACAUCAGGCUAUUCUAUCUAUGGUGUGGGCACAAUGAUCAGCUAUGAACAGGUCCUUCACCAAGUCCGCUAUCGCAAUUGGCACCCAGCCAGCCUAGAUGAGCGAAAGUUCCAGAUCAAGUGCUCAGAGCUCAAUGGACGCUACACUAGUAAUGAAUUCAACUUAGAGGUGAAUGUGCUACAUGAGAUCACCCCAGACACAGAGCACAUCAACAAUAUGGUUGUGCAGCCUCAGUUCCUUCAGUCCAUGCACCAUUCAGAGCCUGAAAUAAGUAGCAUGCGUAAUUCAGUCAUUCCCAGCAUUGCAACGGUGGUCAUAAUCGUCUGUGUCGGGAUGCUGGUGUUUGUGGUUGCGAUGGGUGUAUAUCGAAUCCGAGUGGCGCACCAGCAUUGCAUGCAGGAGAGUGAAUCAGCCAAAGAGAGUGAAAUGGAUUGGGAUGACUCUGCCCUUACUAUCACUGUCAAUCCCAUGGAGAAAUAUGAAGAACCGGGUCAUGUGGAAGAGGAGAGUGAGGAAGAGGAGGAGGAAGAGGAGGAAGUAGAAGAAGACAGCUCUAGUGAUGACUCAGAUGACAGUGAGGAAGAGGAGGAAGAGAUUGGCAAGGGCAGAGGUGGGCAGAAUGGCCCCAGGCAAGCCCAGUUGGAAUGGGAUGAUUCAACACUCCCUUACUAGACUAGUCCAUGGUCCCAGGUAUAUCCCUUUUGUAAACACCAAUACAAUGUAUUCCUGAGUCCAGUUACACAGAGACUAUGAAUUUGAUGACAGGAUUUCAAAAGUCUUGCUCAGCACAGCUUCAUAAAAUAACUUGACCCUUUGCUCCUGGGGGCUGAGAAGGCCCAGGAAAGCACAGAUGACCCAGAUAAGUCUCACAUAGUCACUGAGAGCUCUACAUUUAGCUUGCCCAUCUCUUGACCCCAAAUGCCUCUCUCCAUUUCCUAUGGGCUCACCAAAUUCCUGUCAUUCAAUCCAUAGAGUUUUGCCUUUUCUAUUUUUUCAUAUAGGAAGGUUCUCCUGCUUCUGAUGUUCUUUAUUUCUGCCAGGCCAAAUGCUCCCUCUUGCCCUUGGGUUUCACUUCACUGUGUGUCUGACUAAAGAUUCUACUUUGAUCACAGUUCAGCAUUGUGACUGGAUGAGUGGCAGUGGGUAAAUUCUGCUCAUGGUUGCCUUUUCUUACCUCUUUGAAAGGUCAAUGUUUUAUGCAGAAAGGUUGAUUGAACUUCAUAACCCAAGUUUAUAUUGUUAAGGAGACAAGAUAACACUUAUAAAAGGAAUUUGGAGGGGGGUGGGGAGGGAGAAGGGAGAAGAUAUUACCUACCAUCUCUCUGGGGCUAUGUUAGCUUCUACAGAAUAUCAAUAACAAAGGAUCAUUCUUUAUUGUCGGUCAUGAGCAGUAGAACUGACCUUCAGCCACAGAUGAGAGACCCUACAAUGAGCACUCUCAGAUCUGUACAGUUGUAUUGUUACAGAAUCUGACUACAUAAUGCUACCCCAGCUGGGAAUCAUAGGUUCUGGGACUACUGUUUCUUCAGACUAGAAUUUAAGGAUGGUGGAAAUGAAAACAAAAUCCAGGCAAGGGAAAAUGUUUCAUUUUUACCUGCUAUAGGAUUAUACAAGAACAGCUAGGAUUUACAGGGAGGACGGGAUGAAGGAGGUAGUUAAUAAAAUAUGAGUCCCUGUUGGUUGGGCCAUUAUCUUUUCAGUCAAAUGGUGGCACAGAAUUUUGAAAAGCAUCACCUAAUAAACAUACCCUCCUUUGUAUCACCAUCCCCAAGGCCCCUUAUCUCCUCUUUCUUGCUGUCUUUUCUUUUGAUAAAUGGGGCUUCUCAAAGAAUAUUAGGACACGGAUUGAAAUGCCUGGAAUUAAAAACGAAAGCUUAGAAUAUAACAGCUAGAAACUAGAAGCAUAUUGGUGACAAUAUCAUCUGCUUAUUCCUCCCCACCACCUCCCAAAAAAGUUCAAAAUACCAAAAAGAAAGCAAACACAUCAGUACAACCUGAUAAAUCUGGGGAUUUUUUUCUCUCUUUUUUUAAUGUAAGGAAAUCUCUUUGAUCUCCAGCAUAUCACGGACACCUAGUGAGGCAACUGUUACCAUGGUAACUAGUCUAGAAUCUUUUGUAGCCAACAGAAUAGCAAGUGUGGGCAUGGAAAUGCUGUAUGACAUCCUAGAAGACUCCUUAAGAACUUUAACUUGUGUUCAUUCCAUCUACUUAGUUUGUGCUUUCUCCCCACCACCAUGUUUUCAAUCUUAGGUGAAGCUUCCCACCAUCCUCUACCUCUUAUAGAGAGACAUCUCUUGAUAGGUUCUGUAUGGAAGAAAAAUGAUCAACCAGCCUUUGAGAUUUAGGUUUAAAGACUAACCAAGGAUCUUUUCUGGCUACACUAUCUAUACCCUUCCUGAAUUAAAGGACAAUCAAAUGUAGAAUUGUAAAAGUCUCUAAAGAUUUUCUAGGACAUCCACCAAUGCCAAAAUCCCUGACAAGAGAUCUCUAUAACCUUUUCACAAAAAUUGGGGUUUAUUAAGGCCAAGUCUGUGAGCAAAAAGUUACCACCACCACACUGGUAUGACACCUUGGAUCUUGCAAAGCAAUUUUUCAUGGCCAUUCUCAGACAGAUAACUACCAUAUUCCUACCAUUUUACAAUUCAGGAAAUUGGAUUAAACUUGGAAAUUGGUGACUUGCCCAAGGUCACCCAGACCUAAAAUGCUCAUCUCCUAACUCUUACCUGGUGCUUUUUAUAUCACACCACACUGUCUAGACCUGGCAGGGCCACCACUGACAGCUUGUAGAUCAGAUGAGAUAUUUGUAAAGUGCUUGAAUAAUAGUACCUGGUCUGUAGUAGGUGCUUAAUAAACAUGUGUUCCCUGUCCUAGAAAAAAUCCUUUUAGAAGAACAGAAGGUUUGGGUUUCAAUUUCUAUUAAUGGGAAAUAGACCCUCCUAUUGUAAAAAUGCACAAUAACCACAUACUCAGAUCUGCUCUAGCAGGAUAUCGACUGAGGGGAGAGGGGAUGGGGAAUCUGCAAAAGUCAACCCAUCCUUACGAAUGAAUUACUUGGAGACAAAUGGAUUCAGAUACCACUGAAUUCUGAAGUUUCCAGCAAGUAAAAUUAAUAAAUAAUAACUUUUUUUUAAAACAAACCUUUCUGAAUUAGAAUUUGAUUGAAAACAUGUUCAAUUUUAUUUUUACAAUGACUUCCCCCCUCCCCUUUCCAUUGCUCAGUGAUUUCUUGUUUGCAGAGAACUCGUUUCUUGGUGCCCUUCAGUUGUCUCCAAUGGCUCUAUUACUUAUUCAUGGUUGAAUGAGUAUGUAUGAGCACUUUGAAAUAUUUAUAUUUCUGUUAUUGGGGGGAAAUUAGGUCACAGUGGCACAUUACAGAAGUAGCAAAGAUGGAUCAUUUUAUAUGUUAGUGGGCAAAGAGAUCCCAUUUGUAAUGGUAACAGGUCACAAAGUACUCUCCAAGUUUUGUUUGUUUAAAAUUAUAAUGGCCAUGCUAGCUUCCAACAGAAGAAAUUAGAACCCUGCUAAGUCAGCAAGCACUCAUCAUUUUCCCAACACUGUGCUAUUUGCACUUGGGAGGGGGCAGGAGAAGGAAAAACAAAAGGGAGAUACACAAGAUGAAUUUGUAGUCUGAUUAGGGCAUUACACUCUACAUACCAUCAAGCAUAAUGGGGAAAAAAAUAAAAACAUUUGGAUGUUUCCAAAGAGCCAUAUUCUUGUCAUGUAGAUUGUUUCUAAACAAAGGAGUAACUUUUUUCCCUUCAUCUGUGUGUAGACACAGCCUCAUACUUCUUUUUAGCCUACCACUUUGACUCUGUCAUCCAAUGAGCAGGACUGAAUGAGUAACCAAAGUCUAUAACUAAGAAGUUCCCAAAUCAGCAAAAAAUGAGACCACUCUGGAUAUUUCUACCACCUAACCAAUACAGUGAGACAAUCUGCCAUCAUCAUCUUCCCAAAAAGCCUAGAACCAUUACAUUUUGAUAGAUUUAAUCCAACUCUGUAGACGUGUCAUCUGUAGUAAUGUUCAUCUAAAUUCCUCAAAAGAAAUCAUUUCCCUGAUCUCAGUAAGUCUAGAUGACUUUUAGAUUUCUGCCUUCUUGAACUAUUAUUUUUUCCACUAGUAGCUUGAUUUCCCUGCUCAGGUAUAGGUUUGGAUAUACAUAUGUAUCUAUAGAUAGGUAGGUGCAUAUACAUAUGUGCAUGUAUACAUAUACACACACACAAAAAAAAGUUGUGAUAUGAAUAUGGGCUCCCCCCCAACCCUGAGAAUGUCAUUGAUGUGUUCUAAACAAGCAGUUUUCCCUUCAUGCACUAACAUCUAAUUCAUUGAAAUUCUACUGCAGAGACUCCCAGCUCUAAAAUCCAAUGACUUACACUAUUUGUGUCAUACCACCACAAUUUGGAUUUUUUUUAAAUUAAAGAAAAAAAGAUAGGUUUGUGGAACUCUGCCCCACUCAUUACAUUCAUAUGGCCCAGACUUAUUCAAGACCUUGGAUCUAUAGCCAAAAACAGUAGAAUGAAAAGUGCCAGCUGGUGUUUCCAGGUGUUUUAGGCCACUAAUCAAAUGGACAGGUCAGUCAUUAAGAUGUUCAAAAUAGGGGCAGCUAGAUGGCAAAGUGGAUAAGCACCCGCCCUGGAUUCAGGAGUACCUGAGUUCAAAUCUGGCCUCAGACACUUACUAGCUGUGUUACCCUGGACAAGUCACUUAACCCCAAUUGCCUCCCCCCCCAAAAAAAAAGAUGUUCAAAAUAGUAUUUAACAGUUAAUUGGGGAAUUUUCUGUAAUCACCCCAAGAAUAAAAGAUCAGGGAAUGCCAGACAUGAAAGGAACCUUAAUAACCAUGUAGUCCAACUCCCUCAUUUGCUAACACAGGAAACCAAAGAUCAGAGAAUAGGGACUUGCCCAAAGUUACACAACCAGAGGAAGAGCUGGGGUUUGAACCUGGGUCAUGAGGAUGACAUUCAUAACAGUGUAUGCAAAGACAUAAAAACUCCAAUUUGCCAGAAUAAAGCAAGUCAAGUCAUUCAAAGUCACACUCACUGCAGUAAGAUGGACUCAUCUUUACUACAUCCUCAAAACAACUAUAGGAAUGAUAUGCUUUGAACUUGAUCUAGGCCAAGUUCCAGAAUGAAUUCUCAUGGAAUCCAAUCAAAUCCAGGACAAACAUUCCACAGUGAGGGAAGAAAAACUAGCAUUCAGGGAACCAAAUGAUCAGUAAGAAGUCAUUCCAUUGAGCUACAGCAUUAACUACCCAAGGCCAGUUAGCUCCCCAGACACUGCUGAGCCCAUAAUGAUUUCCAUGUAGGAGUGUUCAUUAGCACAGACUUCUUUUCAUUUCAGCCCUGCUCAUGAUAUAGCUCUAAAAAUGAUUCUAAAGACUUAUGCCUGUUUAAAUCAAUAUCAACAUAAUCAGUGGAAAGUGCUACCCAGUGGACUUUAAAAUUAGCAACCUCCUUUGCUCAGUGAGAGAGUAUUAGUAACAGUAAAGGGGAAAAACAAUCCUUUUCAAAUAUGCAUUCAUUUAAAUUAAUCAAACAGGUGGCAGUGAUGAACAGGAUUUACUUAUCUAAGAGAAUCCACAAGUGGAAAACAAACAAUUUGGGGGCUAGAUGAAUGUCACACCCUUUGGUGAAUUCCCAAAUCCUCCCAAUAUAUACCUUAGCUGGCUAAGAAUUGUGUAGUAUGUUGCUCCCUGAUACUGCUCUUGUACAUUUAUUGAAGGUGACAGGAUAAAACUCCUGGCCCAAUUUAAUUUUCAUGUAGCCAUUUUCCAGUAGUUUAGCUGGAGGCAAAGGACACAAGUAAUGUAACUUGGGCUGUCUCCUCUGUCACCCUCAUUUCCCUGCCUUUAUUUGUUUUACCUUUAUAAAUUUCUUUUAUAGUAUUCUCCAUAUUUUGCACCAAGUAAAAAGGAAAGAGGGAGCUUAUGAGGGCAGUGGCUCAGAUCCUGGUCUUGACUCCUUUCCAGGCAGACAAAGCUAAGACAAAAAGGUCAGCUGUGACAGAAUUAAACACAUAUCUUGAAGGGUCAAUUAGCAGAUGGAAAUAGCAGUUUGCUAAUAUUUAGUGGUCUUGUUUGAUCAUCAGCAUUCUGCAGCUUUCCUGGGAGCAGGACAGGAAUAGCCCUGGAGAGAUUGGAGAUGUGGCAUGGUAUUCAACCUGCAUUUGGCUUCCAGGCAGUCCUCUGUCAUAAGUCAAGGAUGCAAUUAGCAUUUCUAGGUCUCCUAGCCAACAUUUCAGUAAAGAAUGCUUGGUUAGAUUUCAAUCUAAUUGGCUUUUCCAAAGAGAGCCCUGACCCUUUUUAUGGUCCCCUUAACUCCAGGUGCUCUUUAAUGGGAUUUCAGCCUGGAAUCGCAAUCAGAGGACUUCUGGGAUUUGCCUCUGAUUGGCAGGCACCAUGACAUUGAUAUGAGAGUCUAACGUGUGUGCCUGCCAGGGUAAUUGAAGUAGGAGAGGCCUUCCUCUGAUUUCAAAAAAUAUCCCCUCUUCUCCAUGGGGGAAUCCCAUGGGAGAACCUUCCCUCGCCCCCACCCUCCCCCUCCCACACCCCAACAACUAAAGCUGAAUGAGUUCUAGAUCUUUUCUGGAAGACAGAUUUUAAUUGGGAAAGGUGGCCAAGUACUGUACUAAGUGCUUUAUAAAUAUUAUCUCAUCCCCAUUUUACAGUUGAGGAAACUAAGGCAAACAGAGGGUUACUCGACUUUGCCCAGGGUCAUACAGCCAAGUAGGUAUCUGAGGCCACAUUUGAACUCGGGCCUUCCUGACUGAAGGCCCAGCAUUCUAACCAGAGUACCACCUAGCCACCUCCAGAGAAGGUAAGAAAACAGGAAGACACUGAAAGGGAGGAAAGAGAUAAGACCAGGGAGACAAAGACCCAGAAACGAAGGUAGAUGUCAUUGAAGCAUGCUUUUCACUUAUUUUGUGAUCUUGAAAUCUCAGAAAUGAGACUGACCACCAGACUGGCUUGUGUAAGGGUAAAUCACCUGUGUGUCUAUGUGUAUGUAUGGGUGGGGGAGAGGAGGAAGGGAAGGAGGUGUGCACAGCAAAGAAUAUACACACUCUAUGAAGUAAUAAUGGGAAAGAGUUGCCACUUUCCAUCACCACCUCAGGUGGUUUCUAUCUCCCAGGAGGUUGAAUUUCUCACAAUGAGUUUAAUCUAUUCUAAGUAUAGACAACAGAUGAUGGGGGUGAAAAACAGAUCUAGUAGGAAAAAGUUCACAUCCUCUGGUUGACUGGAAGAAAUUGGUGGGUUGGCAAGCUUAGCCUACUCUGCUACAGCAGUACUUCAGCAUCUCUCAGGAGCAUUCCUGUUCAAUCAGUGAAGCAGAGAAGGGUUGACCAUGCACAACAUCACAAUGUAGGCAAAGUCUGAAUCUUCCACAUAACCUUUUCUCCUUCUCUGGUACCCAACUAGUCUCUCCACCCCCUAGCAAAAACUUUCUACAUCCCCUAAGCCCCAUUGUAGCUUGUCCACCCUCUAUCUCAACUCCUGGAGAGCUAAUUCUCUGUACCUUUCAAGGUCAAAAUUCAAUAAUAUGAUAAAACUAAUAAUGACUAUGUAAAGAGAGGAGAAAUACUACCCUUCCCUGCUUCACAUCCCCACCCUAGGGUCUUUCCUUCUUUUCCAAGAACCAUUUUGCCUUUUUUACCAUGAUCUUUUAGAGCCAAUGCCUAGGUUUAAACAGUACUAAUGGCAGAAUUUCAGGUGCCUUAACAGGCAGAUGGUGGAAACAUUUGGAGACAAAGCUUAGCAGGAUUAACUAAUGUGUACUAUUCCCCAAAAUGAUAUAUGCAUUUGUCUAUAAAUAGGGCCUGCCCAGUAAGAAGAUUCUGAACUAUAGCACAUACUCUGAACCCAACACUAAGCAAUCAGUUACUUUGUUCAAUGGGUGGUGGCUUCCCCCAUUUAAAUUUAGGUUGGUAGUUGUACUAAUAAGACACACCUUCCCCUCUCCCACUCCUCUCCAUCCUGAAAAAAAAAAAAAACACUUUGUAGCUAGAGAUGGUUUUCUGAUGCUGUGUUGGCCAUAAUUAAACAGUUCCCUCUAUGCCUUUAGCUUGUGCUCAUGCUUCUGAGCCUUGUUUAUGAGCAACAAGCAGCUAAAGCCAAGCUUUAUUAGAAAAUAAUUAAAUUGUAAAUGCAGAAUCUGAAUCAUUAGAAAAAAAUUACUUCAAUGCUCAUUCCACCCAGCCUUUGUACAUCACUGAGAACAGAGACGUUCUAGGAAGGAAAAGAAAAUCCUCCCACAGUUUAUUUAAGGAAGUUGUUAAUUCAGUGUAUUGAGCCUUGCCUGGGCAGCCAUUUGUAAUGGGGAUUGUGGUAUGCAGAGUCACAAUUUACACAACAAAUUGGAUGGAGAAUAAAUGGCUGCUUUUGGAAGGGCACUCACUCAUUCUAGUAGUUACUACGAGUGAGGAAAAACAUCAAACACUGCAAGGUCCAUUUAGUCUGUCCCAGGCUGUUUUUAUACCUAAAAUUAUAUGGUUUCAGGGACCAAGGAGGAUAAUCCUCCCUACUAUUCCCCUGAUACCUGAAAUUCCAUAAUCAGAGAUUCAUUCCUUUCACACUGAGAGUUACUCUAUUAUAAAAUGUAACACCUCCUCCCCAAAGGGAUAACUGUUUAGGCUUAUUGGUAAUUAGAUAGUGUAUGAAUCAGUUAUUAGGUCUUUAACCACAUCAAGAGUUGAUAAAAGGGAAAGAAGAGAAGACUGUUGCUUGAACAGGAAAGGGAUUGGGAGGGCAAAAAAAAAACCCAUAAAAACCAGAGGAGAUGCUGAAGACAUUUUUUUCCAAUUUCACAGUUUUGUAAAUGGUAGUGCUGAUGGUAUCAGAGGUAUAUAGGCAGUCACUGGAAUAGUGAGCGAAAUGAUGCCCCAGUGCACCAGAUUUUUCCCAUGAAUCAAAAUUCAAGACCUGUUCCAAGUGAAGGGAAAGCAACUUCUCUGCCAUAACUAAUGGCCCUCAGAGGCAUCACCAUCAUCUCCUAGAAUGUUAUCAUCAUCAUUACACACAAGUGCCCCCUUCUAAACCCGACAUUGGCAACAUGCAUUUAGCCUACAUAAUUGUAAAAAGGGCCUUCUGAUGGAAGAUAGUCACUUUAGGUUCUGAUAGUGCCCUGGCCUCAUCAUUAUGAAUAUUAUUUAUGGGACUAUAAAAAAACUAGCUAAUUGGGUUGUUGGAGCCUUCUAGAUGUUUGAGUUUGAUGUAAGUGGGAGGUAAUUUGAGUAUAAAAGUUCAAGUUUUCAUAAACAGAAAAGGUAAGUUAGGGUAAUACUUGAUUCACAAAAAGAUCCAUAAAAGAUUCUAUUUCAAUAUCAAAAUACUUUAACAUAUAGCCCGUGAUUUCAAUUUUUUAAAAACUCUCUCCACAAGGACCUCUUAUUUAAGUUAUUUCUCAUAAUGCAGCUAGUAUCAAAGCACUGUGCUAUAAGAAGAAUCAUCUUCAUAUUGUAUAUAGAAGACAGAAUACUCCAGAAUGAAAAAAGUCAAAAGGCCAUAAAGAUGAACCCUAAAGACCAUACAUAAAGAUAAACAUGAUAAGGACUCUUGAACCACAACCCUUACCUCUCCCAUUAGACUGUACUUGGUUAUUAAUCUUAUUUUUAAAUAAAGAAAACCAUUCCUCAGGGCCUGAAGUCAGUUGUUAGAUUUUGUGUGGUAUAAGUUAAAGCUCAUAGUCAAAGUUGAUCCACUUUUUUUUUUUUUUUGCUGGGCAAUGAGAUGACAUGUCCAGGGUCACACAGCUAGUAAAUAUCAAGUAUCUGAAUCCGGAUUUGAACUCAGGUCCUCCUGAAUCCAGGGCCCAUGCUUUAUUGACUGCUCCACUUAGCUGCGCCCUCAUCUACCAUUUUCUUAAAGCUUCAACUACUUGCCAUUGCAUAACUUCUGCUGUCAAUACACUGUAGUAUCAGGUUGAAAAACAUCUGAGGCCAGUUUCCUUCUAGAUAAAGGGAGCUGAUAAAAAGGACUUUUAGAAGGACAACAUUUUCACUAUCCAACAUUUUGUAUGUGUUGGGUGGGAAGUCAGGGUGAGAGAUGAGCUCAGAAGGAUUGGCCCCUUCCUCAGUGGGAGGAAUGAAAGGAUUUGGGGAACGAAUCCUUGGGAAACAGGAACAUAAAAGGGCAGGGAACACAGAGUCUUCCUGUCAAAGGAAAGGAAAUCCAUAACUUUUUAACAAUCUAGGACCUUUCAGUUGCUCUUUGCCCUCCCCCUUAAAUAAUCAGAUUUACUGCAAAGGAGAUUUAUCAAGAUGAAUUACAACUCCAGACCUUCUAAAUGAAACAAGGACAGUGGGCAUAUUAAAAGUAGAAAUGCAGACAGUACAUAUUAAUCAUAGAUAACAGAAACAUGCCAGCUUUAAUGUCUGUCCCCCUUUAUCUUACCAUUAAGAUGCUUCCUUGCAAUUUUUAUUUCAUAGAAUUAGAGACUAUUAGAUAUAAAAGUCAUGGUAUAUAUCCCCCUACAUUUUCUGUGCUCCCCAUGCCCAUCCCCAUUUUAUAUAUGAAGGAACUAAAGGUAAGAGAGGUCAAGCAACUUGAUCAAGGUCACUUGGAACCUGAAGCUGGCCAUCCUGUUUCCCAGGUAUGUCUUCCUUCCACUAUAAUAAAUACACCUCUAAGAACAAAAAUGAGAAAGAUACAACCUUUCUUCCUUUUUUCACAACUGAAAACAUUGUGUAAGUUGAGGUUUAAAAAUGAUGGAACAUAGGUUUGUAGAGCUGAAGAAUUUGUCUGUGUGACUAAGUAUUGUGACCAGAAAGAGUAGAGUUAGUUUUGGAUUUGUCUGUGGACUGGCUUUUGCUCAGAAUGCUCAUUUUUCUUGUCCUGGGUAUGUCAUGUAUAUGAAUUUAAUGUGCAUUCCUUUCCCCUUGAGAAAAACAAAAAAACAUUAGCCCUGGUAACUAUAGAAUGACUUAACUUAUCUCACCAACUGGAAAUUGAAAACCAAACCCUCAAUGCCAGGACAUUUAUAGAAGCCUAUAAUGGAGAAGAUAGUCUGAGGGAUUUAAAAAAAAAGUUUUUAUACUAAUUUUUCAGCUACAAACCCUCUUUGAGUUGAAAGGAAGAAAAAAAAGAACUAAAAAUAGUUGAGGGAAGUUAAAAAAAUAAAUAUAAAAGGUAGAUAAAGAUGAAGUUAGAGGAUGGAUAGGGAUGUGAAUGGGUAAAUUGACCCAGAUAUUAGUACUAAACCAAUAAGGCAUAAAAGAGUAAUAGAAGGCUUAGGAAGCCACCACUUUAGGCAGAGUAUCAGAUGUCAAGAUUAUGGAGAUGUCGUAUUGCUAAUGAUUAAUGGACAUUUGAAUUCAUUUGGGUUGGGUAGAUAAAAUCUUGAAGAAGAAAUCAUUUGUCCACUUGACCAUAAUGGGGGGUGGGCUGUUGCAUCGGAACAAUCAUUUCAGGUGUCAACUAUUAGCAACAAGGAGCUGAUUGAACAAUUAUUUCAGUCCUUAACUGGACAGGAUGUGUGGCAAUACAGCCAAUUGUCUGACAUCAGCCAAGGUUUUUGGACUAGUCAUCCCAAAUCGGGUCACUUCUGUGUGAUGUAGAGACUUGCAUUCAGCCACGAAGAAAAGUAGUCUGUAGGUUUAGAAAUGAAGCCAAGCAUAGAGAUUAGAGGCCGAGGAAUUAGUAAGUAUAGAGCUGUUUGAGUGUUAAAUUGGUGACUAUAUGAAUGUUGUUACUAGACUGAUGAUAGAAGUAGCUGAUAGGUUGAUGAUAAAUCAGAGUGCUCUGGCUGAGCUUUUUGGUGCCUGGGGUUUAAUUAGUGGAUUAGUAUGGAAAAUAGAAGAGGUGGGUAAACUAUGCAGUUGUGAUAAAUAACCCUUUGUUUAUGUGGACUUAGAUUAUUUACAUAUUAGGCCAACCCACUGGGUGUGAAAGAUUUGGAUAGUCCCAACUAUAUUAUAAACUGGAGAACAGGGGACUGUGUACUACAAAUCUGUUUCCCUCUCUAUAAACAUCUGGCAACGUUUUUGCACAUAAUGCCUCAAUAUUUCAAAAGAUUUGUGAUUUCAUUAGCAUUUGUAUUCCACUGAUAAAAUCACUUGAUAGAGGAUUUUUGAGGCUUUUCUCUUUGUUGUUGUUGGUUCACUUUUACAUUUUGUUUGGUCUGAACCUGUUAUUCACAUAGGGAGCUCCUAGUGUGGAAACUGCACAGAUUCAAAUUGUCUUUAACUUAAAACCUUAGAGACUUGCCUGAGGCACUGAGGUACUUGUCUGCACUUGCAUGGCUUGCAUAUGUCAAAGGAAGAAACUAAAACCAGGCCUUCCCAGACUCCAAGGUUGGCUCUCUAUCCAUCAUGCCAUGUUGCCUCUUUCAGUGACCAAAACCAUUCAUGACCUGGUGGUCAACCCUUUGGAGAGAGUCAAAUUUAAGUAGGCGUUCCUCAGAGAGCAAACAUGUGGUCUGUUCUUAAGCCCUUUCUUGAAGCCUUUCCAGCUUUGUAGUACCUACGACAGCUACUGGUAGAGAUUUCAAGAAGCCAGGGUCACAACACAUUGAAGCAUCAGAAGAAGAUUAUAUGAUUAUAUAUAAGAUUAUAUGGUCUCAUUAAGAAUUUGUAUAUUGAUUGAUAGCCCAACCCAAUUUGCCACAUAUGCAGAGAACCUUGGAGUAGCAGUGACCCCAAAAGUUUUAAUGAGGUAAUAGUGGAGGAAAAUGUCUGAAACUUUCUGACCCUGUCUCAUCUACACAGCCUACUGGGCUGUGUAGUGUCUAGUGAAGUCCACUAGACACAACAGAAUGUUCAACCAUCCAAAUGCUCUGAUUGGCUAGAGUGAUUAAGUAAUUUGAUAGAGAGUAGUUGAGAGAUCCUGUUGAGUUGGAAAUUCUCAAAUGUCUACACAAAAUCAAUACAUCACUUCCAGCUAGAAAAGUUUUAGGGAUCCCAUGCUAUAAGAACCACCAUCUCUGACUUUGCCUGAGAAAAAUUGUCUUGCUUUAUGAACUUUAGCUAUAUUUUUUUAAAAUAUAUUUAUUUCUUAAGAUUAUGCAGAUGGCCCACAAGUUUCUUCUCUUCCCCCUUUUCUCUCCCCAUCUCUUCAGAUGUACAACAUACAUUUCCUUCCUGAGCUACUAGUAAAGUGUAAGGUCUUUGAAGGCUGGUAUUCAUUUUGUUUUUGUAUCUCCAACACUUAGCACAGUGCCUUGCACAAAUUUAGGUGCUUAAUAACAUGCUUACAGGAUUGAGUAGCAAAUGAAAUUGUAAGAAAGAUGUUGGGGUAAAAAGAGGAGAGAGGGAUUUAGGUAUUUGCUGGAGGAGGCACAUAUUCAUGCUGGGAAAGACACAAAUCAUCCUUGUACCUAGGUUUUCAUAACUCCAUUUUGGUCCCUUUCACUCACCACAAAUUAAGCCAUAGUACUUAAUUCUCUUCAGAAGUGUCCCUUGGGGGCAGCUAGGUGGUGCAGUGGAUAAAGCACCAGCCCUGGAUCUAGGAGGACCUGAGUUCAAAUCUGACCUCAGAUACUUGCCAACUUACUAGCUGUGUGACCCUGGGCAAGUCACUUAACCCUCAUUAUCCUGCAAAAUAAAAUAAAAUUUAAAAAAUAAGUGUCCCAGGUAAGGGACUUAUGAUCUCUAGGUAGCCUCCUCACCCCAUCUGUGAUGACAGGAAGUGUGUCAGGGAUGAAGAAGAGCAGGGGGGGGAGGGGGCCUCCAGAGUCCUUUGAACUGUCUUAAGGAGCCUCUUUAGCAUAGAAAGGAUGUUCAUUUUGCUAAAUAUACUGUCAUGUGAGGCUGUGAGACUUAGAACAAUUCUAGGACUGUCAGGUUACAAGUGGCUAAAUAUAUUUAUAGAUAAGUGAAUCUGAUCUAAUGUGUACCAAGAAGCAGAUGAAAUAAACAAUGUCGUAUGAUUAUUUAAAAAGCAUAAUCCUGAUUGAAGAGUGAUUGUAAAACCUAAGCUGCUUAUAUUCAACCUUUUCUUUCCUAUUCCUGCCCAUCCCUUCCCUGUACACAAUUAACCUCCUACUGCUUAAUUUAGCAUCACAUCUAGUCCAAUUUGGCAAAGAAUAUUUGCAUUGAAAAUUCAACUUUGUGUGGUGAGACUUUUUGUCUUUUAAAACAUUGUAUACCAAUCCAUGUUUGAAUAACAUGCUGAAGUUGCAAUUGUUGAGAUUCUAACAAUUUCACGAUUUGUUAAGUGAUUCUUCAAAACAGCCCCCUGAUUUUCAACUUUGACCUGUAAAUGUCUACAGACAGAUUCAUUUCAGUGGUCACUAUGGCACUUUCUGUGAAUUGGCCAAUAAAUAUGAUUUUGGAAUUUCACAAUGAA